AUGUUGGAAGGAAGAGCGAUCCGUCUCGUAAUUUUGACGUGUUUGGUGAGCGUGUGUACUGGACAAAGCAGUCGGGAUGAGGACUUGUGGUCUGAUCAGCAGAGAAGCAGUCAGCCAAGAAAACCUGCUUCAUCAUCAAGAUCUGUAGACGAGUUGGAGGAAUUAAGAGGAUCAAUUCCUGGAGAACCCGGAAGAGAUUACCCCAUUUAUGCCGUGGCCCCGGAAACGAAAUUCAAUUGCGACGGAAGAGGAUCUGGGUAUUUUGCCGACACAGAAGCCGGUUGCCAGGUGUAUCAUUACUGUGAUGGAAUCGGCCGUCAUUACAGCAAUUUGUGCCCGAAUGGAACAAUUUUCAAUCAGAAAACAUUUGUGUGUCAAUGGUGGUACAAUGUACAAUGCGACGAUUCCGACACAUUUUUCGUUCUCAAUGAGAACCUUUACAGGAUGGAAGCUCGGUCUCUUUACGACGGUUUCGAGAGUUUGUGGCAGAAUGAGCAGCCCAUCAACAAGCAGCGAACUUUAGAUAGGCCCACUUUCAAGCCUCUGGUCACGGAAAGACCGAGGAAACCACCGCCAGUGACAAGACCGCCAAAAACUACACCAGCGCCGAAAAGACCAGAGUCGCAAAGACCCCGUAUUGUUGACAAUGGUCGAAGAGGUGCAUCACAGACUGAAAGGUCGACGCAAUAUCGCGAAGAGGAAAGAACUCCUUCAUCGCCUGUUCGGGAAACAACGUCAUCUUGGAGAAGCUACGAAGACAAUCACAGUAAUAAUAGGGACUCCAUCAGGCCUUGGCAACCCGAUUCCAAAUUCUUGACGACUGUGGGUCCCGGGUACGAGUACCAGCCUCCGACUCGGGAUCGAGAGAAGAUCGUGAUGAGAUCCCGGGAUGACACAGGUGAUAGGCGUCCAUCACUGGUGUUCAUCGGAACACAACAGGAGACUAGUGAAGGAGAAGCAGCCAAUGAUGACAGACUUCGUUAUGUGGAGCUAAGAAAUCAACCCAAUGAUGAUGGAAUCAGCAGGAAAGUGAAGAGGACCGACGUUUCAACCACAACUGCCAGAUCAACGACAUCUGCUGAAGAAGAACGCGAGAAAAUUGUUAUAUUGCGACGAACUAUUGAAGAAAGACUUCGGAAGGCAGCCGAAGCAAUUUCAGGAAAAACGUUGACGACGGCGGACCCGAAGCGGAAAUUCGACGAGCAAUACCGCCUGAAAAAGCAUCGCGCCGCCACGGAAGACCUCCUGAAAACCAUCGCUCUCAUGAAGAAAUUCAACGACGACGAAGCCCGUCGACUCAUCAAAGCGGAAAUCCCGGCCCCGGAUGUUCCCAACGAACUUCCGGAACUGCCUUUAGUCACUACCUUCCGCCCAACGUGGACCACCGGCGGGUUCCUUCCGAAUCACGGCUCGUCGUCAUCCUUCCCGUCAAAAAUCCAUCCCAUCAUCAACAGCGUGAAUCACCCGCACAGACCGAGUCCAACCCAACGAAGCAAACCUCAUUCGCAGCCCGGGUACGACACUAAUAAGAAAACUUUCCACUGGCCUCACAAAGGCGGCACUGAGUCCUCGUGGCGGCCUGUCAGAGUCCUCUCGCGGUCUCGUCGGGAAGACGAGAAUGAUUCCAAGCCAAGCAAUGACGACGCUGUCAUCACGGUCGUAGAUGUGCCUUGGACUGACAUCGCGGAGAAAGAAAAAGAAGCUGUCCUUGUGAAUGUUUCUGAACCGUCAACAGAGGUCGUUCCUACUACAGCAACGACCGCUACAAUUAAGAAGAUCAAGAAGAAGGUGGUGCUGACGAAUGAUGAUAAGAAGGCGUUAGCUGAGUAUUACUAUGAAAAUGAUGCAGAACCCGGGUUUUGGGAUGAUGAUAAUGAUGUGGGGGACUGGGACUGGGCGCGGUCGUCCGACCAGAACUCCUAAUUAAUCAAAUUAAAUCAAACUGAUUUAAUUUGAAUCAAGGCUUCGAAGGUUGUGGAUAAAAUUUGCCAAAUCAUUCAUGCGCAGUUGAAAAAGGGGUUUCAGAAAAAGUCUUGUAAGUCGCCCGCACAUCAUUAUUAGAGGCAGGAACUAGUACAUAAUUUUAAGCGAAUAUUCCUGGAAAUUUAAAAUUUUCAUAUGGUUGUCGGACGAAAGUCAGAAGCAACUACAAUCUACAGUUUUUUUGUCAACCGUAUGAGAGAAUUUCGAAGACCUAAUGCAGUGCAUAGAUCACUCAGCAAUAGUCAAUAAAUUCCAGUGGUAAAUUCAUGAUCCAUAGACUUCAGCUAAUUCGCAGCACCUCAAAUUCAGAAUCGAAUUGACGAAAAAAAACCCAGUCAAGCUUCGUAUUUUUCAAUUCUGUUUUGAAUGAAUUUGAAAGAAAAAAGUUGUACAAGAUGUUUAUGAAGUCGUGCUUUCUAGUCGAAGUUACCCGUUGUUGAAAGAAACUUCGAGCUUUGUGCGAGGUGUCAAUGCUGUACGAUGAAAUUGUAUCCAGGGAUUGUUGUAAGUUACCAUUUUUUGGAGCUUGAUAAAUGAAUUCUUACGAA